UGUCGGGAAAUGCAGAGGGAGAGGACGGAUUGGGGAAAGAUUAUUAUUUUAGAAUAUAUUAGUAUUAUAUAGAUAUAUAUUAGGAGAUGAGUAAUGCCGACUGACUACUUGUAUACUGAGAGCCUUAGCUAAAGUAAGGGGAAAAAAUGAAGCUAGGGACGUUGUUCAAAGUAGGGGCGGUUGUGGGUGUAAUUGCUAUAGCCAAGCACUAUGGAGGUGCAUUGGGGUUCGACCAAGACGCCGCUCUUCGCUAUUUCCACCAAUGGUCGGACCGAUUGGGGAUUUGGGCCAUCCCUCUUUACGUUGCCGUCCACACCCUCACUCUUUCCCUCUGCUUGCCCUACGCCGUUUUCUUCGAGGCCGGCGCUGCUAUGCUCUUCGGCUUCGUCCCCGCCGUCCUCUGCGUCUUUUCCGCUAAGAUUAUGGGGGCUUCUCUCUCUUUCUGGAUUGGCAGGCUGGUUUUCAAAAGUUCAAGUUCUGCAAUGAACUGGGUCCUGAAUAACAAAUACUUCCAUCUCCUUUCCCAUGGAGUUGAACGAGAUGGUUGGAGAUUUGUCCUUCUUGCACGUUUCUCUCCCAUCCCUUCCUACGUCAUCAAUUAUGCUCUAGCUGCCACAAAUGUUAGAUUCAUAGUGGAUUUUCUGCUUCCUACUGUCAUUGGCUGUGUCCCAAUGAUCUUGCAGAACACUUCCAUCGGCAGCCUUGCUGGUGCAGCUGUUGCUACAGCAUCUGGCUCCCAGAAAUCAAAGGUUUGGUCUUAUAUUUUACCUUCACUUGGGAUUAUGUCAAGCAUUCUUAUUUCCUUGAGGAUCAAAAAGUAUUCUACUGAUAUUACCUUAGCCGAAUCUUCUUCUAGUGAUCACCCUAAAGUUGAAUAACGUUGACUCAUAUCGAACCUCUAAUAUUAUUAACUUUUUUCCUCAAGUCUUUGGUAUCAUUCACUCUUCACAAUCUUGACCAGGUGGUUUCUAGUUAUUAGUUUGUGAUAUUUGCUGAAGGCUGAGACUAUGUUUUCUCUUCUUCUUCUUUUUUCCCCUCCCAUCAAAGACUUUGGAACUAAACAGAUUUCUCAGUAACUUAAUCUAAGAUUCAGCAGUUUUUGGUAGUGAGAAA